AUGUCUGGUAUCAAUCAGCCCGAGGAAGAGCUCAUUGACUACGAGGAUGACCACGAUGUGAGUCUCACCACCGGCGCUAACGGUGCCGCCGCCGCACCUGCCGAUGGCGAAAAGGAGAAAAAGGCGUAUACCAACGUCCACACCACGGGUUUCCGCGACUUCUUGUUGAAGCCGGAGCUCCUCCGUGCAAUCAGUGAUCUUGGUUUUGAGCACCCAUCUGAAGUGCAACAGGAAUGUAUUCCUCAGGCUGUACUCGGAAUGGACGUGCUUUGCCAGGCAAAAUCCGGUCACGGCAAAACUGCUGUCUUUGUUCUGGCGACACUCCAGCAACUCGAGCCUGUCGACGGAGAAGUCUCGGUCAUUGUGCUCUGCCACACCCGAGAGCUUGCUUACCAAAUUCGCAACGAAUACACCCGAUUCUCUCGAUACAUGCCCGAUGUUCGAACCGGCGUCGUGUUCGGUGGUACCCCCGUCGCAAAGGACAUCGAACUCCUCAAAGACAAGACCAAGUGUCCCCAUAUCAUUGUGGCUACCCCUGGUCGCCUCAACGCAUUGGCCCGUGACAAGCAUCUCGACCCCAAGAAGGUCAAGCACUUCGUGUUGGACGAUCCCGACUUCGAUAUCAUUCGCCGAUUUUUCUUGUGUUUCGUCGGUGGGGUCGCCAUCUCGGCUGGUUGCCCUACGCGAGCACCUAUUGGGGGCAACCCCUUCGAUUGGUCAUUCUACGCACUUCAAUGCGUUGACGAUGCUGCCACGAACCUGGACUCCAUCGAUGCGGUCAACUACGUUGAUGCCCUUUCGCUUGAACAAGGCCUCAAGCACAUCCACAUGCGUCGAGACGUUCAAGAAAUUUUCAGAGUCACGCCUCAUCACAAGCAGGUCAUGAUGUUCAGCGCUACCCUUUCCAAGGAUAUUCGUGUCACUUGCAAAAAGUUUAUGGCCAACCCGCUUGAAAUAUUCAUUGACGACGAGUCGAAACUCACCCUGCACGGUCUUCAGCAGCAUUACAUUAAUUUGGAAGAAGUCGCCAAAAACCGCAAGCUUAACGAUCUUUUGGAUCAGCUUGAGUUCAACCAGGUUGUCAUUUUUGUCAAGUCUGUCUCCCGGGCGAACGAAUUGAACAAGCUCCUCAACAGCUGCAACUUCCCAAGUAUCUGCAUUCAUUCUGGUCUCAACCAGGAGGAGCGUAUUAACCGCUAUCAGUCCUUCAAAAGCUUUGAAAAGCGUAUCCUUGUGGCGACCGAUAUCUUCGGCCGUGGUAUCGACGUUGAACGUGUGAACAUUGUUGUUAACUAUGAUGCGCCUUCCGAGGCUGAUAGCUACUUGCAUCGCGUUGGUCGUGCCGGUCGUUUUGGAACCAAGGGUCUUGCGAUAACCUUCGUAUCAUCCCCUGCAGAUACCGAGGUUCUUCAACAGAUCCAAGGCCGUUUCGAGGUUAAGGUCACCGAACUUCCCGAUACCAUCGAUUCUAGCACCUACAGUAGUGACGUCCUAAACUCAGGGCUGUUCUAUAAUGUGACGUUCCACAAUGAUGACCUAAUUUUUCUCGUUAUGUACUUCUUCCUCGUUACCACCACCACCGCUAUGCAUCUACAUCUGACUAACGGAACCGACAUUGACUCGAAAACUGAAUCCUUGGUAAAGGCCUACAAAGCAGUAGACCAUGAGGACAAUACCCGGGCGAUCUUGUUGGCUUUACUUACUUACGCCCCAACGCCCGAGGGGAAGGCCUACGUACGUGGAGAAAUCCUAAAACAUGAGGGCGAUCAACUCGGGAUGAAGAGUGUGGCGGACAGUAUUCUGCGAAAACUGCUUCUGCCGGUCAUUGCACUCGGUACCAAAUCGCACGUGUCACCAAGCGCACGCACAGAAAUUAAGCAAAUCGCACUCUCCCGAGACAACUAUAGAUGCAUCGUGUCAAAAGCGGUGGAAUUAUCCUACUUUUAUACCCCCGAGACUGUGGAAUGGAACCCGGGUGAUGUAUGGUUGCCCACGUACGCGUCCCACAUCAUCCCGUUGGCAAGAAAUACAAAGUCGAGCUCGUGGCAAGCUCUUGAGCGAUUCGCUGGAUUCCGACUGGAGGAGCUUUAUGGCGAUCACAUCAGCACCGUCUCGAACAUUGUUACCCUGACUUAUGAUAUCCAUGUUGCGUUUUGUCGAUUUCUAGUUUGGUUUGAGCUUGAUAAGAAAAAUCCAAAGCCUAACGUGUAUAGGUACCGCAAACAACUGCAUACUUUGCCAGGCCCACCCGACGGCACUAUUGUACGAUUGUCAACGACCGAUCCCGAUUUGCCCGUCCCACAGAUAAAAUACAUUUUACUCCAUGCUGCACUGGCAAAAGUACUCCGAGACUCGGAUAUGGGGCGCUGGGUUGACGGAAUGCUUAGAGAGAUCGAGCGCCUGGAAAACCUCGCCUCUGAUGGUUCUAACGCUGAUGUACUUGCUUCGGGGCUACACGCGACGGGUCUAACGAGUAACAACUCUACGCCGGGAGUUUUAGGAGCCUGGGCUCAAUUCGGCAAAGACUAUCCUUUCUUGAAUGUUGAAGAAAUUCUCGAAACGUCCCACGGCGUACGUUCCAUUGACACCUUGCGUCGUUGGCUCCGCCUAGAUGACGAGGAAAAGCUCAAUUCAGAGGUGACUCGCUUCGAAUCGGAAGUUAUCCGUCAUGGUUUGGUGCUUUUGCCAGGAGUGCAGAAGAUUCUAGAUACGCUUAAAGAGGGUCAAACAGAGGAGCGUCCCGGCUGGACAAUUGUAACCAGUGCUACUAGGUGGUAUGCACCACAAGCUUUGAAGUCUGUGGGAAUUCCUCUACCUAAACACAUGGUGAUGGCUGAAGACGUUGAGCGUGGAAAGCCAAACCCGGAUCCAUACCUCCAGGGAGCAAAGAACUGCAAGGUUGAUCCUAAGAACUGCCUUGUAGUAGAGGAUGCCGUUUCUGGACUAAAGGCUGGCAGAGCCGCGGGUGCAAAAGUUCUGGGAGUUUGCACCAGUGCACCUCGCUCGACGGUAGAGCAAGGGGCACCCGACUUUAUAGUUCAAGACCUAACCAAGGUCUCAGUUAAAUGGGUCGGAGAAAAAGUGGAGGUCACAAUCGACGAGUAA